GCCCGUGUGGAUCAAAAUACAAACACGUUCUAUACCUAUGGCAAUUGUAAGAUUCGCUGCAAAGUGGAAGUGGUAAUAAAAUACUGCAACUGUGUCCCGGUGUUUAGCAAUAUAAUGCACCACAACAAAGGUCACCUAAGACAGUGCCGUCUGACCGAUGUACCUUGUGUGUCCAAAUACAAUAAUAUUUUUUAUGACGGAUCACAUGUGAAUGCUUGUUCUUGUUUAUCUAACUGCUGGUAUGCAACAUAUAAGCUGGAGAUAUCAAAUGGAAAACUACUUAGAAACGACCGAACGGAUUAUUUAUUGCCUCCAAAUUACAAAAACGUCAGCUUGCUCUUUGUCUUUUUUGGCCGUAUGUUUAGCGAAAGUCAAAUGGCUACCGUGGUGAAUACUUGGGAGGAGUUGAGCGGAUUAUACGGAGGACUUCUCAGCUUGUUUGCUGGUUUCAGUUGUGGAGUUCUGCUUGAGCUAAUACAAACAGUUGUCGAGUUGAUAGAAGAGAAAAGUUUUAAAGAUGCAAUGGGUACGUCGAAAAGAAACAAACGCAAGCGAAGCUCGAAGAAGCGCGCGAAAUUGACAAGAAAGGAAAAUCGGUGGUAAAACGAGCAUUAGCAACAAUGUUUUUGUAAAUUGUCACACACGCAAUAAAUACUAAUGUAGGAGUUUGAGUAAUGCUAUGAGCAUUGUUGGUAUUUAAACAAUGCUAUGAGAUAAUGUUUUCAACACACUGCACAAUUCAUGGUGCUUGAGCAUUAAUAGUAUACAAGUGUAUACCAAGGUUGCGAAAUAAUUGUUUGGUGUACCGAGACAAUAAGUUGUGGCCGAGGUGUAAGCCGAGGCAAAAACCUCUUUCGGUACACCAAACACAUUUUGCAGGCGCGGUGUGCACACCAUUUUUUGUGCAAUCGCAAUAUUUAUAAAUAAAAAUAAAUUUUCAAUUUUAAUAUCUAACGACCCUUUGUCAAUUGUGGCCUGAUGCCAUGGGAAAGUGUACGUAAUAGUGUUGCCAUGGUUUUCCAUUAAUAAAUAUUACACAAAAUGCUCCAAUUUUACUUAUUAUAGCUAUAGGGGCCGCUAGAGAGGUGGCGAAGUGCAAGGUUGGUAUAUACAGGUUGCCUCGUAACUAUCGACCAAUAGCAAUCGAGGCGCGAAUACGUCACUGGUAUCCCAAAAUUUAUACGAAAUAAUAAAUGCAUGCAGCAAUACAGCUGGAAAAUUUGAUGCGUAGCUAUUGUUUACAGUUCUUUCAUUACGUUUACGGUUCUUUCAUUACGUUUGAAUCGUUUAUCUAGUGAAACACAAAUAUUCAGUUUUAUAUUUUAAAAUUUAGUAAUUAUAAAUCGUUAUAAAUAAUACAGUCAAUCUUCGUCUGAUGUACCAGUGUUUACCGUGAAAGAUAAACAGCUUCAUCUAACAAUCAAUUGCGUAGUCACAGUUUAUAUCGUCUCUACACUUAAGUCUUCGAUUUGUAGAUGAGAUAGGCGGUAUCAACGAGACCAUAUGAUCCUCCUGCUUCGGUCAGUUUUAAACACGUUCAUCUUCUGCCGGCCCGCAAGCACUAAAUAAGAUGUAGGUUCCGUCAAAAAAUUUGACCGGAUGUCUUAUUUUUCCCUAAAGCAUCAUUUUCUUUCAUUCUCCGUAAAUAUCGUGACCGCCAAUCAACAAUGUUGCUACGUUCCAUCAAUAAUUGAAAUUGAAAUUAACAUUACCUAAUUUAGUUAUGAGUUUUAUUGAUUUGCCGUCACAGCAGCAGCUAGCUCUAGCCUUUUCCAAAGGAAAUGCCCACAUACUGGCAGCUUUCUGUUUGUCAAAGAAUUCCACGACCCUUUUAAUAAUAUUUCUAGCUUCUGAAUGCACAGGUAUUACAGGAGGUUCAAUAUAUGUAUAACCUUACGCGUAUGUCACAUAAGCGGUAAUGACAAGAUAACGAAAUUUGAGUGGCUACCACUGACGUCACUAGCAGACGACUUGAUCCCCAUUACUGCAGUUACGAGGCAACCUGUAAUAUACCAACCUUGGGCGAAGUGCCCAUUUCGCAGCCGAUUGCACAAAAAUGUAUAUACUAUAUGUACUUAUAUUAUAUACUUUAUAUUAUGUGUAUUUUGACUGU